CUCAUUGACCAAAAGAAGUAAAGAAGAAAAAUAGGAAGAAUCUAUUUACAUUUAAAUCCAAACCCCUUUCACCUGCCCACAACCUCCAACUCAUCUCCUUCCAAAAAAUGGCAGCCACUUUCCGGCGCAUUUUCACGGCAGCCCUGCUGCUGCUAAUGUGCGCCGCCGCCCCUGCACUUUCUGCUCGCCGCUGUGCCGAUUGUGGCUCUUCUCCUGUCCCUUAUCCUCUUAGUACUGGCCCCGAUUGUGGUGACCAAUUUUACAAGAUACGUUGCACUUCGACCCAACUCUUGUUUGAUACUCUCAACAAUUCUUAUCCCAUCACUUCCAUUUCCCCUGAGACCCAAAGACUCACCAUUCAACCCUCACCGUUCUUGCCCAACACCUGCAUCACACAGGAUAUUUCCACUAUUGGGGUUCAGCUGAAUUCCUCUCUCCCUUUUAACAUCACUAGCAGCAACACCAUCGUUUUCCUCAACUGUUCCGAAACUUUGCUGAGGUCACCCCUGAAUUGCUCCUCGGCGAGCUUGUGCCACGCUUACGUGAAUGGGAGUAGUUCGGGUAAUGGUGGAGCGGUUGACGCGUGCCGGAACGCGCCGAUUUGCUGUACGUUCAGGGCGGGUGGAUCGUCCACGUCGUACAUGAUUCGGGUCAGGGAAUCUGGUUGUCGGGCUUACCGGAGCUUCGUGAACUUGGAUUCGUCGUUGCCCGUGAGUAGAUGGCCGCAGCCAGGGUUGGAAUUGCAGUGGGUUUCGCCGCCGGAGCCAGUUUGUGCGGCUCAGUCCGACUGUGAUUCUGACUCGACUUGUACGCCCGACCCGAAUUCAAAUGGAGGUAUCAGCAGAUGUUUCUGCCACUCCGGGUUUCAUUGGGACCCAAUUGCCGCGUUAUGCGCCCAAGAUGUGACAUGCGAAGAUUCUGAUGGUUGUGGUAGCGACCACACUGCACUUAUAGCAGGUUUGACAUCAGGUCUGGGUGUGGCAGUGAUUGCUGCUGUAAUUGCAGUUUUUGUGUACAGACGUCACAAGCGAAUUAAGGAUGCCCAAGAUCGGCUAGCUCGCGAACGGGAAGAUAUUCUUAGCUCUGGGGGUGUAAAAAAUGCCAAGUUGUUUACAGGCAAAGAAAUCAGGAAAGCAACAAACAAUUUCUCCAGGGAUCGCCUUCUUGGUGCAGGUGGUUAUGGUGAAGUUUACAAAGGUGUACUUGAUGAUGGUACGGAUGUUGCCGUAAAGUGUGCCAAGCUGGGGAAUACUAAAGGCACUGAUCAAGUUCUCAAUGAGGUUAGAAUACUUUGUCAGGUUAACCACAAGUGCCUCUUGCGCAUUUUAGGCUGUUGUGUUGAGCUUGAACAGCCAUUGCUGGUUUACGAGUAUGUUCCCAAUGGAACUCUCAGUGAUCAUUUGCAAGGUCCAAAUCGUAAACUUCUUACAUGGGAUUGCAGGCUCAGCGUCGCCCACGCAACUGCAGAGGGACUUGCUUACCUGCACUUCUCUGCAGUUCCUCCCAUUUACCAUCGCGAUGUCAAGUCUAGCAACAUUUUGCUCGACGAAAGGUUGAAUGCUAAGGUCUCAGACUUUGGCCUUUCACGGUUGGCGCAUGCAGACUUGAGUCAUGUCUCCACCUGUGCUCAGGGUACCCUUGGUUAUCUCGAUCCUGAGUAUUACAGGAACUAUCAAUUGACAGACAAGAGCGAUGUGUACAGUUUUGGGGUUGUUUUGUUGGAACUCCUGACAUCUCAAAAAGCAAUAGACUUUGAUCGAGCGCAGGAUGAUGUGAACUUAGCUGUAUACGUGCAAAGGUUGGUAGAGGAAGAGAGAAUAAUGGAUGCUGUUGAUCCUGCGUUGAAGGAGGGAGCGAGCAGCUUGCAGUUGGAGACGAUGAAGGCACUUGGUUUUCUGGCUGUGAGUUGCUUAGAGGAAAGAAGACAAAACAGGCCUUCCAUGAAAGAAGUAGCAGAGGAGAUUGAAUACAUUAUCAGUAUUGCUACUGCAAAAGCGUGAACAAAAUCAGUAUUUACUAGUAGUAGAAAGCGCGUGCAGUUCUUGUGUGUAUUUUAGGUUGGGAGUUAAAAACCAGAAAAAGAACAAGAAAUAAAGACCUUGUGUUUACCAUAUUUGAUCUGAAUAUUUGUUGUUGUAAGCUUGUUGUAAAUACAACUGGAGAAUGAGUAGUUUAUACAUAUCAGAAUUGUCUUUAAA